CAAGCCCAGAUGAGGAGCAAACAAACACAGGAAUCUGCUACAGUACAUAGCAUAGGCCCUGAAAGCCUUGUUAAUAAGGUGGGACAACCAUUGAUAGCUGUCCAAAGUACUUGAUUUGGUACAUUUUAUAUCUCUCUCUUCCCCACCCCAAAUUUAAGCAGAACAGACACUGGCAUGAGAAACAAAUUUGGUUAAUAAUUCUGGCUUUCUUCCCAAUGAGAGAUGCUUAUCAGUGCAAUGGGGAAGUUCUGCUUAAGCCUGAUAAUGGUUGGAUGUACCCAAAAGAGGUAAAUAGUUGAUUCUUUGCAUCAGGUGCUAAGUAUAGCUUUGUAGUGUUUUCUCUGUGCAGGGUGAAGAGCAGAGGCAGGAAACAUCUCUCCGCCACCCCCAAAGUGCACACACAGGGCCACUGCUUGCAAAGUUUCAUUUUCCUCCAGGCUACAUGCAGUGCAGCAGAGCAAAGAGCACUCCACUCCUGACGAUGGUAAGAAAGAGGGUAGACCCAACGGGGCUGGAGAAGAUGGAUUUGGAAGGGUGGCAUGUGUGUGAGAGAGAGUGUGAGAGCGAGAAGAGGCAAAGUUGCACGACCCUACUGGACUUGAGACAGUAGUGGCCAAGACUUUUAGAAACCAGAAUGUUUCCUUAUCGCGAAUAGCUGGUUAGGCUUGGAGCCUCUCACUGGGCUCUUUCCAUUUGCUGUUCUUUGGCUUCUGCAAGGAGGUGCCAGGCUCUCUUUUCUCCAGGAGAAGUUGAGCAGGCAGGGCUACCAAGGCAGAUAAGGAAGAAUAAGAGAGGGGCUGUUGGCACAGGCUGGUUAAAUGCUGCUCAUAAGGUGGUGGCCAUCCCUGGUUGACCAGAGGGACUCCACUUUGUCCUCUCUCUCCUGCCAUUGGCAGGGGGGUGGGAAUGCAGCGGCCAUUCUGCUGCUGCUCUAUAAUUUGUUUUGCUACAGUGGAGGAGUAGGUACUCCCUUGGGCAUUUUCUUAAGUGAAAAGGCUGCACAGAAAAUUGUAAAAUAAUUCAACAGAUGCCUUGUGGUGCCGCAUUCUCUUCCUCCCUGCCUGUGAGACCACUUGGAAGCAGCAAAAGUUCUUAAAAGGUAUCAAUGGCGUCGAUUUCCCUUUUGCUGUGAUGAAAGCCCAGGACCUGUGGCACUGGAAUGGCUUUUCUUUCAUUGCUUAUAGUCCUUUGUUUUGUGUUCCCUCCUUAUUCCACUGGGCAGUUUGAUAAGGCGCACUACUCUGGCACGUUGGCUUCUCGGACACUUCUGUUUCCUUUGAUGUUCUGCCUUACCUCUUAAAGUUCUUCUGUUCCACCAGAUGACAUUUCUGCUUUUGGGCUAGAGAACGCCAAGGUUAAGCUAUGCUCUGAUGCUGGCCUCUUUAAUGGCCUUUGCGAGUAGUUGAAAACUGGGCUUUUUGCCGCCUUCAAUCCUUUGUUGGUAAAGCUGCUUCCUUUAAUAUGGGAUGGAGCAAAGGGCUUUUCUGCUGCAGUAGAUAGCAGUGAUAGGAAAUCUGUUGCUCACCAGAUAUUAUUGAACUCCAACUCCCAUGAGCCUCAGCCAGCAUGGCUAAUGGUCAGGGACUAUAGAAACAUAGGAAGCUGCCUUAUACUGAGUCAGGCCAUUGGUCCAUCUAGUUCAGUACUGUCUACACCAGGGUUUCCCAAACUUGGAUCUCCAGCUGUUUUUGGACUACAACUCCCAUCAUCCCUAGCUAGCAGGACCAGUAGUCAUGGAUGGUGGGAACUGUAGUCCAAAAACAGCUGGAGACCCCAGUUUGGGAAGCCCUGGUCUACACUGUCUGGCAGCAGCCCCUGAGGAUCUCAUGCAGGGAUUUCUCCCAGCCCUAGAGAUUCUAGAACUUGAACCUGGAACCUGCAGUAUGCAAAGCAGAUACUUGCUCUGCCACUGACCUAUGGCCCCAUGUCAGCUGUGGUCUACCCCCUGCAGGAGAGCCACAAGUUCCCCAUCCAUGCUUUGUGUCUUGCUACAUUCUUCAGAAAUACUGUAGCGUAGGCCCAUUGGCUGCUGUUCCAGUUGUUUCAAGGAAGAAGACCGAUGUACAGAUUCACAGAGAACUGUGGUCUCCUAAUAGCACUCAGUAACUGUUUUAGCAUUUUGAAGAAGCAUCAGCAUUGAUGUCUUAACAAAGCUGAUACUUCUUCAAAAUGCUAAAAGUGUGAUAAAGGCUAACCUCACGGUCCACCUGUAAUACAUAUGCAAAUGGCCUUCUGACACGGUAUCUUGCUUGGAGGGUGGGUGGAGUAGAAUUCAGCUUCCAUUUAGUGUAGCUCAGGGAUGGGAUUCUCCAGCUAUCAUUGGACUCUCAUGAUUCCUGCCCUUUGGCUAUGCUGCCUAGGGCUGAUGGGAGUUGGAAUCCUGGAGGGCCACUCCCUCCUGAUCCCCAAACUAAAAUGGAAGCCGAUGAUAAUUUGCUGCAGGGGCUACCCUAGUGGCAACGUCCAUCCCGUGGCCUCUUUUCUCCCUCACAGGCCUUUCGAUGCUCUUGCUCUCACAGUUACUUUCUCUGCGUAAAGGAGCAAGCAACCGGUUGCAAAGGCCUGCAACCUUUCAAAGAAAGCUGCUGCUGCAGCCAUUUGCUAAUGUUCACGUUGUGCUGCUUGUGGGACUUGAUGGCGCCAGAUGGCUGCUCUCUUCUAAACAUGCAGAGGACAAGUUCUUAGAAGUGAGAGUACCAAGGCUGCAAGGCACACAGCAAAUGAGGUGGUAUUGAACUAAAAACAUUAGAUUUAUGCGGGGCACAAGAGAGGAGUGGGACAAUGCUGUGUCACAUGAGAAAUCCUUGUGCUGAUGGGAUAGAUCUCUUUGGCACAACUUUGAAUACAACCCCAAGGUUUCACUAGUGCACAUGCCCACAAAAGGUCUCUAGAAAUACCCCCCUAAAAAAAACCCCUAACAUUUGCACUUCCGGUGUGUAUUGGCUCAGACACUCCUUCACUUAGCAUACAUCCUUAAACAUACCAUUUCAUUGGAGGAUAGGACUAGACAUGCACUCUUUCUUCUGCAAAGGGCUUCCCUGCGACUGGUAUUUGUGCUCCCCCCCCCCGUUGACUGAGGAGGGGGGCGCCUGCACCAUUUUAUGGGCCUGCAUUUUUUAGAUGUGGCAGCCAUUUUGUGACUGAUGCCCAUGACACUCACUCCAGAUUCCAAAUGUGCCUAUUGAAAGGGCUGGCAACCAUUGGCUUUGGUAUAGAUGUGAACUUAGCGGAUCAGAAAACAGAUCCAGCACCCUCAGAAAAUAGCCUCAAAAUGUAGGAAACCUGCUCUAUCAAAGUCUUGUCUCCUAGCCUAACUUUAUUCUACUCCACCACCCCCUAACCCCAAAAAAAUCCUGUUAGUAGACUGGAAGUCCUGUAAAGAUACCUUGCUGAUUAGUAUCGUGGAACGUGGGAAAAUACUUUGCUGUUCCUGUGCUGCCAGGGACUUCUUAUCCUGUCCCAUUGCCUCAACAUUAGAUUCCUUUGCUGCUGCUUUCUCUGCCUAACACUACUUCACUACUUUCAGGUCACAGAAGACCACAAAUAUCCAAGGUGCAGGUUAGUUAAGGCUUAGUUAUGCAGGCUGUCUCCCAAGAUUGAUUUGGAACUUCCCUUUCCCUGCAUGUUCAGUCCUAAUAAUCUCCCAGAUUACCCUUUCCUUGAUAGCACCAGCCUUUUCCUCCAUUGCUGAAUUAUAUUCAGCGGCCUUGCUUCAGUGACACGGAGGAAAAAGAAAGGAACAGACUUGUUGCCCAGCCUGUAUUCCAUUAGUGCCAGUGCAAGACAGAGGUGUGGCUAUGCAGCAGCCAAUUAAACCAAACUGUUAGCCGAAACUCCCUGCAGUCUGCUUCUACAGGCCACUUCCUUCCAUACGUCUAAUAGGACAUUCACCAUUUGACAAAUACACCCUAUAAAAUUAGCUGAAGCAAGACCUCCCCAAGUUAAAUGGACCCCUCAUAUGCGAAAGGUCCCCGGUUCGUUCCCGGGCGGAAACACCAUGUUUCCCAAGUUAAAUAGACCAGCUCUUUCUUGGUAACUACAAAGCUUGAUAAUUGGCACUGUCUACCUUCAUAUGCUGGCUUAGCGAAAAUAUAUCUUUUUCCUUCACCUGACAUACUGAGCCUCAGGUCAUUUGGGGCAGACAGUACAGUAAUUGCCAAUGGCCAAAGCACCAAACAGAGGUUCUGCCUUCUGAAGCAAAGGUUGAGGUUAAAUUGAGGGUGACUUUGUAUACAGAAUUCAGCUUUCUAAAGAAUCACAACAUUUAUAUUUAAAAGUACAUGCUUUAUCAUAUCUUCACAAUCAUAAGUAUGAGAAAUUCUUGCUGAAUUUCCAAAACCACAGUAGUCACUGAAGAUGACUUCCAAAGACUCUACAUAGCUCCUUGUCUCUCCCUAACAUAGCAAAAUAAAUUACGUAAAAAAAACAGGGGAAAUAUGCAAGAAAAAUAUAUAUGCAUGCACAUUUUCUUAAGCCUGCAUAAUUUAUAGUCAACUUGCUAUAAACUCUUAUUGGCUGUAGUUUCUCCUCUGCCACCUGGAUAUGUCUUUAUGACUGUAUCAAUGGAGCUUGUACUAGGAAACAAUCACACACACUCUUGCUCCUCUUACAUUAUAGCACUUCAGCAAAUGUCUAGUGGUCUGCGAGUUGCCACUGAUGAUGCAAAGCCCCCCAUGAGCAGAUCUACUGCAGCAUCCAAUAAAAUCCCCAAACAUCACACAAGGCCAGGAACUCAUUUUUUUGUCUUCUUUAAUUGCAAGCCCUCCUAGCUGCAGCAUGUAGGUUAAAAAUAUAUAUAUGCAGGCAGUUGCUGGUGAACAUUUUAAAAACUAAGACAGCUUCCGAGCAAUGGCAGUGCCCUGCUCUUUUCACCAUGAUCCCUCCUUAACAUCUACAUCAGAGUCCAAUUAACACUGUGCAAGUGGGAGUUUUCAGGGCACGAUUCCAUGAUCCACACAGCCCAGGGAGCAGCGCCACAGCUGCAGACAGCAGGCCAACAUUCAAGGCUCCUUGUCAUAUUAAAAUUGCUGGGGCAGGCACUCAUCCUGCCUCCUUUUUCUCUGUAGAGACCCCAGUUCGUCCACGCGCUCUCUGCCCUGCUCCUGCUGUUUCCAGGGAAAGCCAUGGGAGCAGCUCCAGAGGGAGGGGGCGGCCGCGGCAAGAGCAGCGAUGACAUCGUCGUGAGUUUCCUGGUCUGCCUGCUGCUGCUGCUGCUCCUCUUGCUGUUCCUGGCAUGGCGUCGGCUGAGCCGCAAUUCAGGAGGAAGGUACCACCCCCAGCGCCUGCUGAGGGGUCUGGUGCUCCGAUGGCAAGGGCUUUGGGGAGGGGAACUCCCUGAAGAGCCGCUACAGGGACACCAGGACAAGAAGCUGGGAGACGAAGAGUCCGGGGAGGAGCAACCCAUUGAUGUGGGGGAUGAGAGGGAGCAGGAGCAGCUCCUCCAAGGAGAAGACGAGGAGAAGACGGAGGAAGAGGAGGAGGAGGAAAAGCAAGAAGCGUCCAAGGAGAAGGCCGAUCCGGAGCCAGCAGAAGAUAAAGCAGUGCAGGAGGCCUCAGAGGAAGAAGGGGCCCCAAAGGCAACCGAGAGCAGCGCAGGGGCUCUCCUGAGUGAUCUGCAUUCUUUCUCUGGGACAGCGGCCUGGGAGGACCCAGGCAAACAGCUGCAUGUCACUGCCCUCUAGAAGCAGCAGGAUAGAGGGCACUGAAGCACUCGCUGCAAAGACAGCUACAGACUGAAGGCAGUUCACUGCCCCAUCCCAUGGACCUAGCAGAAGCUGCUUUUGCCCUGUGUUGCCUAUUGACCCCUUCCCGUUUGCACCUAGCUUGCUCGAUCGCCUGCCCCGCCAAAAAUGCAGCCUGAGUUUCCAUUUUGUUUUGAAAGUUUCCUAUGACAAAUAAAGUAGAGGGGAGAUAAGAGACACUGUAGCGGUCUCCUCGUGGACUGAAGCACAGCAUGGCUCUCUCCAACCAUAACUGUAC